AUAGACACUUCAAGUGCGUUCCGCAACUCGUCUCACUGGACAUGCGCGUUCUAAUUUUUGUGCGCACUUCCUUUCCUAACCUGAAAAUAUUUUAAUAUUUUUGAAAAUUUUAUGUUACAAAAUUAAGUAUGUUUUCUAAAUUUAUGGUCGGAUCCGAAGACGGUGUUGCAGAAACAACAAAAAAUGAAUCUCAAGAGAAAAAUGCAAAAACUGUCCAAAAUAAUGCAGCAAAAACAUCCUUUAUCGACGAUAAAAUCCUUCGGAUGAUGGGUAACAUGGGAUAUAAAUCUGGAACCGGUUUAGGUAAAAACGAACAAGGAAUAACAAGUACAAUUGAUAUCACUUAUCAACUGGGGAAACGUGGUCUUGGCCUGGAUAUAAAAAACCUGAACUCAACACAAGAAUUAUGGGAUUUCAGUAAAGAAAAUGUCAAUGUGAAAGAAGAAUUGAUUUGGAUUGAAAACAAAAAUGAUGAUAGUUUUUAUGAUAUAUCUAGUAUGUCUCAGUGGAUUAAAGAAGGAGCACCAAAAUAUCAGAUUGAAGAUGAGACAAACUUCUGUGAUAAGGAUAUUCUUCACAAUGUUAUCCAGUCCAAAAACAUUUUUGAUGAAUUAGAUCUGCUGGAACUAUGUAAAGCUCGAUCAAAGGCUAAUCCUUUUGAAACCAUAAGAUCUGUGUAUUUUAUGAAUAGAGCAGCUUUAAAGAUGGCAAAUAUUGAUGCUGCAACAAAUUUUAUGUUUUCUAGGAUUGAUGAAAAUGAACAUCACAAAAGCCAUCCAGGUCCAUUUUACUUUGCCGACAUCUGCGCCGGUCCAGGAGGGUUUACUGAGUACAUACUCUGGCGCAGACAGUGGUUUUUCAAAGGAUUUGGACUCACUCUGAAAGAAGAGAAUAAUUUCAGGUUGCAUGAAUCUACAUGUGCCUCACCUGUUAGUUUUCAAGCUAUCUAUGGGAAGGAUGAUGAUGGAAAUGUCUGCUCACCAGAUAAUAUUGAGGAUUUCAGGGAUAGAAUAAAACAUGAGACUGGUGGGAAAGGCGUGCAUUUUUUAAUGGCUGAUGGGGGAUUUUCAGUGGAUGGCAAUGAGAAUCUCCAGGAAAUUUUAUCAAAAAACAUUUAUAUAUGUCAGUGUGUUGUGGCGUUACAAGUGAUAUGUAACAAUGGACAUUUUGUUACAAAACUUUUUGAUGUAUUUACAUGUUUUAGUGUAGGCCUAUUAUAUCUGAUCUACAGGUGUUUCGAAAAAGUCUCGAUUUUCAAACCAAACUCAUCAAGACCAGCAAAUGCAGAAAGAUAUUUUAUAUGUUAUGGAUUAAAAGCGAAUCCAGUUGUGGACAGCAUAAAAGAAUACUUAUGGAAGGUUGUGAAAAGACUGUGGGAGAUCAGUGAAUGUAGUGAUGUAGAUGUGUUAGAAAUUGUACCUUUGGAAAUUAUACAGAGUGAUAGGGCGUUCUGCGAUUAUAUUCGUCAAAGCAAUAACAGGUUGGGUGAGAGGCAAAUAGUUGGACUCCAAAAAUUAGCAGCAUUUUGUAGAAAUCCGACCUUAGUUGAUACGAGACAAGAGGAGUUACGAAAAGAAUGCUUGGAGUAUUGGCAAAUUCCGGAUAAGCCUAGGUGCGCUCUACCCUCUCUCAGUAUAGAUGAUGUGUUGAAUGCUAUUAUUGAUAGGCCAGGAAGUUAUGGCAUUUUCUGUGUUGGCUGCUGUAGCCGAUCGGCCUCGGGCGUCGAGGUUCGGUAGUGACGUCACAUGACGGAGCGUCGCGCGUCGGUAGUGAAGCGGUCGGACGACACGACGGCAUAUCGCAUACAUCCUUAGCGCUCAAGCUGACAAGAAGUUUUUUUACGAGCCGAUUCCAUAAUUCUUUUGAAAGUGGACAUAAUGAUUGUAAUGAAUUUCUUCACAAACAAUCCACUUUGUCAGUACGGAAAUACGUAAUUUUGAAUGCGACGAAAAGGAGGAAACAGUAAUCAAACUAGAAUGCAGUGGUUGUGCUGCACAAGAGGGUGGCUGUAAGCAUGGUGUAGCGCUAAUAAUGUGGCUGCACAGAAGAAGCGAAGAGCCACCAUGCAUUUCCGUGAAGUGCUACUGGACAAAUGCCAGAUUAUCUACUAUUGACAGUAAUCUAAAAUUCAUAGAAGCCUCUCAGAUGAUUAUACACUUGACCGACGCCUAUGCAUCGCCACGUCGGCACAAACAAGAAAUACUGUUAGUUCAACCCAGAGAGCUAGAUAGCAUAGAUAAUUUCACACAUACCGUCCAAGAUGUUGAGGAUUGGCAUUAUUGCUCACUGUACAGUUCUCAGGUGACCAAUCAUUGCAAUUUCUACGUUGGGAUAACUAGCUCUAAGGUAUACAGGUUACAGAGGAACAAAUGGGUGAAAGUAAAAAAUUUGGCGCUGGGUAGGGGGACAGUAUUAUACGGAGAAUUUGUGAAGGAGACUGUUAAAUUGAAAAAUAGGAAUGCCGAAGAAAAAUGUAGUUUUAGGUAUAGUCUGCAUGUUAUUGAUGCAUUACAACUAGCUGAUAAGAGUUUGACGGAUCUCUCGUUUAACGAAAGAAUGAAAAUAAUAAAGAUCUAUUGCAAGGCUAUUAACAAAGAAUCUUACUUGACUUCAGUUAGGGUACGACCUAAAGUCUUAGAACCAAUGGCGAAUCUCGCGUUCAACUCUUCAUUAAAAAAGAGAAAGAAUAACCAUCAAUAUUUCCAACCACUGCCAGUGAUGGGGGCCCAUUCACAUGAGGAAUUAUAUGACAUACAUUCUCUGCUACUUUUGAAAACAAACAGCAGUCAAUCGUUUCAUUCAACUUACGUCUUAAGAGUACAAAUGUUUUUGAAAGCUGAAGGCUGUCCUGAAGACAAGAAAUAUUUCGCACUAGAUGAGAUAGUGUCCAAUCUAAAAGAAAGAGUAUGAUGUGUUUUUGCUGUGAUGUUAUUGUUUAUAUACACCUAUGUAUGUAAUAUUCAUUAUGCAUUUUAAUAAUCUGUAAGACACUGUAUUAUAUGAUACAAUUUACGUGCAAAAAUUGAGUUUUUAUAUUCUUUAAGCUAAAAUAGGAUGGAUAGAUAGAUAGAUUAUUUAUUGCCCAACAGUGGCCCAUUAACAGGACAAUAUUAUACAAAAUCCAUACAAAAGAUACAGAACAAACUACAUAACAAAACAAAAAUAUCUCAUGUACAUAUAUCCUUGACCUACGUAUGUAUUAGCUAUCCUAUCUAAUUAUUUGUUAGAAGUACAAAAUAUGACACAGAAAGUACAGAUUCUAUUGAAAUAUUUGUUCUUGUAGCUCUGAACGUGAAGUGAGUACGCCACGCAAAAGUCGGUACACUGAUGUUGAUCUUUCCAAG